AUGUACCUAGGCUUCACAAUCUACGGCGCGACCUACACCCCACAGUGCGAUAUCUCAAUCCCAGAGAUAUCUAACAUUAUCACCUCAUACAUUAAAUCUUAUUUUAAGGCCUGGGCUAAUAAGCGGAAUAUACGCGACAGGUUCCCCAGCUACCUGAGGUUUAUCGUGAUUGAUAAGGAGACUUUCCAGACGCUGCUAGGCAUACCAUUUUCAGAGGACUGCUCUCAGUCAAUGCAAAAUUAA